CGGGGCCUGGCCGGGCCGGGUCGGCGCGUCUCGGUUUUGGCCCUUACCGGGGGCAGGCCGUGAGCAGGCCGCGGCGGCCGCAGGUGGAUGCUCGCGGCCCGGCAUGGAGCAGGCCUGCGAAGUGAGCCGCCGCAGUUGCCUCGUCCCCUUCGGUACCUCGCUGGCGGUUGCCGAGGCCAAAGCCGGGCCGUUUGGCGAGGGCCGUGGCUCCGAGCCUCCCGCCAUGCAGCUGGCCACGGCUAAGUCUGUCUACAGUCAGGAUCCCUCGUCCUGCUACAUCCCGUUGCGCCGGCUGCAGGACUUGGCCUCCAUGAUCAACGCCGAGUAUCUCGGUGGUGCCACCGACGGCGCUGAGGCCCUGCCCGACCCCAGCUCGCCACCCCCACGCCUUUCUGCACAGCAGGACCCAGCGACAGACGCCGACGAACCCGGCCCAGCGGUUGACGCGCCCCGCGGGGCCGUGGCCAUUCCUCUGCUCCUACGGGACAGCAGAGAGGAGGUGGCGGCGGAGGAGGAGGAGGGCACCGAGACGCCGGAGGAGGAGGAGGAGGAGGACGACGACGACGACUACGAGGAGGAGGAGGAGGAGGAGGAAGAAGAAGAGGAGACGGUGGACGGGGAGGAGGAGGCGACGGCGGCCGAGCCCGGCUCGCGGAGUCGCGGCCUCCCAGCUCCGCAGCAGGACGCCGGCAACCAGCUGCCGCCCCACUUGCAGCCGGACGAGCUGGUGACGACGGUACCGGACGGCGGCCCCGGGGAAAAGCCGGAGCCUUCCGCCGCGGCGACGGCCCUACAGCUUAUCCGAGCCAAGAAGAAACCUACUCCAGUGAAGUAUGAAGUUGGGGAUCUUGUUUGGGCCAAGUUCAACAGACGCCCAUGGUGGCCAUGCACAGUUUGUCAUGACCCAGUGCUGGACUGUCACUCAAAAAUGAAAGUUUCCAGUCGGAGACCAUACCGAGAGUACUAUGUGGAUGCCUUAGGAGACCCUUCAGAGAAAACCUGGGUUGCUGGGAAAGCAAUUGUCCUCUUUGAGGGAAGACAUCAGUUUGAAGAGCUGCCUGUUCUUCGACGAAGAGGAAAGCAAAAGGAAAAAGGCUACAAACAUAAGGUUCCCCAAAGAUUUAUGGCUAAAUGGGAAGUCAGUGUUGGACAGGCAGAAGAUAUUCUUCUCGGGGGGCCAGAGGAUCAGAAGUGCAGCCAGAACUCCAUCGAGGUGGACAGUGAGAAGGAAUUGCAGUCGGAAUACUAUGCCAAUGGCCCUGAAGCAGAAAGGGACAGGCAGCUGAAUGGCUGUUUUAAAUCCUUGGUGUUUGACUCCAGACGCCUGCCCAGUGAAAAAGGAAAAUUACACAUUAAGCCACACGUGAAAAAGAGCUCUGACAACAGAAAAAGGACUAGAGUAAAAAAGAGUAUUGCAAGAAGGGAAGCAUCUAGGGGAGAGAUGAAAGUAAAAACACCAGAGAGCAUAGUUAGUAACGUGAUUGCUGGGGACCUACCAGAUAAACACGCAUCUCAUGAGCUUCGCCGGAUUGCCAGCAGCCUAACAGCAUCCAGUGGCACCAGGGAAAACCAUUUGCUUUCUUCCUUUGGAGAAAGACAUUUUGAAAAGACAGCUUUGAAAACGGACUAUGAGGAUCGUAAAAGCGAUGCUCUGAAGAACACACUCCAAGGGGAUUUGUUUUCCAGUGCAUCUUUGGAGCGAGAGAAGAGUUCCCUGGGCAUUGUGUGCAGUUCCAAAUUACAAAUACACUAUUCUGCAUCUGAUACUGGUAUUGAGAAAAAGCAAACUGAAUCAGAUUCAUCCUCUUCCCUCUCAGAUGGUGGGAACAGUGAUAUAGAUACCGUGGACCAAAGUUCAGAGAGAGCCUUUAGCACUGUUGAAGUUAGUGAUUCUUCAGAUAAAAUGGAGAAGGAUUUUCCUAUGACAUCAAGUGGCAACAUGAAGCUUUCCACUUGUCUUUCUCAGAAGAGCAACAGAAGGGCCAGGAAGAAGUUGUACCGAGAUCGCAAACCUCUGGGAGGUUCAGUAACAAGCAGACUCGAUGCUGAAUUUGCAGAUCGCGGGAUUGAAGUAGGCUUCUCUGAUGCUGAGAUGUCAUUGACAGCUCUUGAGUGCUCCUCAAAUGUGAGAAAUGACAGUCUUUCUCUAGCAAAGAAGCAUGCUACUCCCCAGAGUGCUUCCAAAGAUGGCUCUUGGACCGCUGUUUCAAAUCAAGCAACCUUAAAACCGAAAAGCAUGAAAUUGCCACGAGUCAGGAGUAUAAAAUGCAAACAUAAAGAAAAAGUUACGGGGUUGGAGCCCUCUCUUGCAGAAGAGGAGGGUGGCAUGAACUGCUGCUCUUCUGUUACCAAAGGUUUCUCUGGCCUUCAGAGAGAUUCUGUUCAGAGAAGCAGAAAAGUCGAUGGUCAGAAACUGUUAAACAACUUGCAUGAGAAAACCAGGGAUUCUGCCGAGAUAGAAACAGCUGUGGUGAAACACGUCUUGUCCGAGCUGAAGGAGCUGUCCUACCGGUCUAAGAAUGACGAGGCUGGUGACUCUGGCACUCCAAAGGCUGCACCUUUACUUUUCUCUUCUGCCUCUGGUCACGGUCGAUUGCCUAUUGAGCCAGAUUACAAGUUCAGCACCUUGUUAAUGAUGUUGAAGGAUAUGCAUGACAGUAAAACAAAAGAACAACAACUGAUGACUGGUCAAAAUAUAGUCCCCUUCCGAAAUACCAGCACAGCUGAUGGUUCUGGAAGCAAUUCUGCGAGUGGUCUGAAGUCCUUGUCUAUCGUAGGUCCCCCAUAUAAAAUAGAAAAAAAUGGAGAUUGUGUCCAGGAAACAGCAAAUCCAAACUCUGCUAUAAGCAACUCCUCACUUUCACGCAAUCCUCCAACCAAGUUGUCGGGGAUUGGUACUGGUAAAAGGGAGCCUGCCAGUGCUGCCGUUUCUGGGACAAACGGUGCAAAUUGUGUGCCCAAACGCAACUGUUCAAAAUCUAAGCAGUCAUCACAGCUUGGAGAUAAAACAGUUUCAAACAGAAAGGACUUAAAACCAGGAGGGCCAAGUAAGUUGCUAAGUCGGUUAUCCAGAGGUUCAGGAGAAGGUGCAUUCCGUGUUCGUGGUUCGGUUACCGGUCCUCUAGGUAAUGAGGCAGAAGAUGCUGAGAGGCAAGAGGCUAUUGAUUUAACAGAACAUUCAACUGAUGAAGAGUCUGCCUGUUUAUCUGAUGACAAUUUAGGUCGUGUUGGAAGGAGACCUGAAGCUGGUAGAAAUAUUGAGAGCUACGCUUCAGCUGAAAAUGGGGAGAGUCCAGACUUGGAUUCAGAGGCAAAUAGUGAGAGCUCUCUUGGUGAUGAGUCUAAUGGUGUAAAUCACGUAGCACCCAAAAAGCGAUGGCAGCGUUUUAACCAAAGCAGUGCUAGAUCUAAUAAGCACACCAAUAGAUCUAGGGAACAAGGAAACUUGGAGAGUGCCUUUGGCCUGAAUUCUCGUGGCUUUUCACUGAAGGGAAAUGAGUGCUUGGGACGUAGGCAUUCCCCUCAUCCAAAGGUGCUUGAGGGACACCUGACAGAGCAGGACUAUGAGAAUCAUGUAGACUUAGUUGAGAAGCGUUUGAAUGUAUGUGGUAAGCCAAACAACAGUGUGAUGGACUCAGAAACAGAGCUUGGCAACUUUGCUCCCCAGUCUGAAUUCUCUGCACAAGUACAUUCAGAGAGGAAGCGCCUUAGAAAGCCAAGCAAACGGCUUCUGGAAUAUGCAGAAGAAUAUGAUCACUUAUUUGCACCCAAGAAAAAAUCAAAGAAGGGCCAGGAGCAAUUGCAAAAGGUGAGUUCUGUGACAAGAUCCGAAUUAGAAGGAGGUCUUCCUGCACAAUGCAGUCCUGACAGAGAUGCCCAGCGGGAGACAAGUCCUUUGGUUUCAACUCCAUCUUCAACCAAAGAGUCCCCUCCCAUCCUUGAAGCAGAGCACCCCUUCUCAGAACUAGGAUCCCAUUCUGCUGAUCCCACUAAUCAACCUGUAGAACAACCUUCAGAUUUUCCAGAACUGGUGCUGUCUUCCUCAGAUGUUUCUGAAGUUUCUGCUUCUCCAGAUGCAGAAGAGAGAUUUCUGAAAUCAGGGAACUUUGAAAGCAAGCGUCAGCGGAAGCCCACGAAAAAGCUCUUGGAAUCCAAUGAUUUGGACACCACCUUUAUGCCAAAGAAAGAGGAGUGGACUCCCCCAAAGAAGGGUGCUGGUCCUUCAGAGAGUGACAGCUCUGAGCUCUACUCACCAGCCCACUUCUCGGACCUGGGAGAAGCUUCUGAAAAGCUCUCAGAGAAGCAGCGGAAGCGGAAGAGGCAACGGCAUCCCUCUGCUGCAGUGCAUUCCAAAAAGGAGAGAAAUGAGAUGCGCCUGAGGGACACCCCACACUCUGAGGGGGAGGCACUGGUUCAUGGGACUGCUGUAAGCCCUGAAGAGGGGUCAGAGAACGACCACGGAGUGCCUUCAUCUAAAAAGAUGCAGGGGGAGCGUGGAGGAGGAGCAGCUCUUAAGGAGAACGUGUGCCAGAUCUGCGAGAAGCCAGGGGAGUUGCUGCUGUGUGAGUCUCAGUGCUGUGGUGCUUUCCACCUGCAGUGCCUUGGGCUCUCUGAGAUGCCAAAGGGCAAAUUCAUCUGCAAUGAGUGUUCCACAGGGGUCCAUACCUGCUUUGUGUGCAAGACCUGCGGGGAAGAUGUGAAACGGUGCUUGCUGCCCCUCUGUGGGAAGUAUUACCACGAAGCGUGCAUACUGAAGUACCCACCCACAGUCAUGCAGAACAAGGGCUUCCGAUGCUCCCUGCACAUCUGCAUGACUUGUCAUGCUGCUAACCCAGCAAACAUCUCUGCCUCUAAAGGUCGCUUGAUGCGCUGCGUGCGGUGCCCGGUUGCCUACCACUCCAAUGACUUCUGCCUUGCUGCUGGCUCUGUGGUCCUCGCCUCCAACAGCAUCAUCUGCCCCAAUCACUUCACUGCACGGAGGGGCUGCCGCAACCAUGAGCACGUCAACGUCAGCUGGUGCUUCGUCUGCUCGGAAGGGGGCAGCCUUUUAUGCUGUGAGUCGUGCCCGGCUGCAUUUCACCGUGAGUGUCUAAACAUUGAGAUGCCAGAGGGAAGCUGGUAUUGUAAUGAUUGCAAGGCAGGCAAAAAGCCACACUACAAGGAAGUAGUCUGGGUGAAAGUUGGGCGCUACAGGUGGUGGCCAGCUGAGAUUUGCCAUCCUAGGACAAUUCCUGUCAACAUCCAGAAAAUGAAACAUGACAUUGGCGAGUUCCCUGUGCUGUUCUUUGGCUCCAAGGAUUACCUGUGGACCCACCAGGCCCGUGUAUUCCCUUACAUGGAAGGCGAUGUCAGCAGCAAAGACAAGAUGGGAAAGGGUGUGGAUGGCAUAUAUAAGAAAGCUCUUCAGGAAGCUGCAGUAAGAUUUGAAGAAUUGAAGGCACAGAAAGAGCUGAGACAGCUACAGGAAGACAAGAAGAAUGACAAGAAACCUCCUCCCUACAAACACAUCAAGGUGAACCGGCCAGUGGGCAAGGUGCAGAUCUUCACUGCGGACCUGUCCGAGAUACCACGCUGCAACUGCAAACCAACAGAUGAAAACCCCUGCGGUCUGGACUCGGAAUGCAUCAAUCGCAUGUUGCUCUAUGAAUGCCACCCCUUGGUGUGCCCUGCUGGGGAGCGCUGCCAGAACCAGUGCUUCUCCAAGCGGCAGUACCCUGAGGUACAGAUUUUCCGCACGCUGGCGCGAGGCUGGGGCUUGCAAGCCAAAACAGACAUCAGAAAGGGUGAAUUUGUUAAUGAGUAUGUUGGGGAGUUAAUUGAUGAAGAGGAAUGCCGAGCCCGAAUCCGCUAUGCUCAGGAGCAUGACAUCACCAAUUUCUACAUGUUGACACUGGAUAAGGACCGGAUCAUCGAUGCUGGGCCAAAGGGCAAUUACGCUCGGUUCAUGAACCACUGCUGCCAGCCAAACUGUGAGACUCAGAAGUGGUGUGUGAAUGGUGACACACGGGUCGGGCUCUUCGCCAUCGUAAACAUCAAAGCCGGGACUGAGCUCACUUUCAACUACAAUCUGGAGUGUUUGGGAAAUGGAAAGACCGUUUGUAAAUGUGGUGCCCCAAAUUGCAGUGGCUUCCUAGGAGUACGGCCAAAGAGCCAGCCCAGCCUCACCGAGGAAAAGUCCAAGAAGCUAAAGAGACGGCCGCAGAUGAAGCGCAGGUCGCAGGCGGAGGUGAUGAAGGAGCGAGAGGAUGAGUGCUUCAGCUGUGGAGACGGAGGGCAGCUAGUUUCCUGUAAGAAGGCAGGCUGCCCCAAGGUAUACCAUGCGGACUGCCUCAACCUGACCAAGAGACCUGCAGGAAAAUGGGAGUGCCCGUGGCAUCAGUGUGAUGUGUGUAGUAAGGAAGCUGCCUCCUUCUGUGAGAUGUGCCCCAGAUCCUUCUGCAAGCAGCACCGGGAAGGCAUGCUCUUCAUCUCUAAGCUGGAUGGACGUUUAUCCUGCACAGAGCAUGAUCCCUGUGGGCCUAACCCUCUAGAGCCAGGAGAAAUUCGUGAGUAUGCGCCUCCCAUAGAAGCCCUGGCUGAUGGUGAGGACACUCAGCCACCAGAGCAGCCACCUGCAGACACAGACAUGAGUGUUCAGCCUCUGGACAGUCUACCUCAGUCUGUGGCACUCAGACUGCAGUCACCAGAAAAGCCCCCUGCUACCCUUGCCCUGAGGCUGCCGCCAACAGACAAGCCCCCCACCACCGUAGCCCUGAAGUUGCAGCCAUCAAACAAGCCCCCCACCACCCUGGCCCUUAGGCUACCUCCACCAGACAAACCACCUGCCACCCUGGCACUGAGACUGCCACCAUCAAAUAAACCCCCCACAACCUUGUCAUUGAGGCUGAAGCCAUGCAACAAACCCCCUACCACCCUGUCACUCCGGCUGCAGCCUUCGGACAAACCUCCCACCACCCUGUCACUCCGCCUGGAGCCAUCGGACAGGCCCCAGGCUGCCCUGUCCCUCAGGCUGCAGUCGGAGAAGCAGCCAGUAGUUUUGGCACUGAAGCCUCAGCAACCCGACAAACCUCCUGCCAAUGCAGUGCUGUGGCCACUGGAUGAGUCCUCCAGUGAUGAUGCCACACAGCCUCAUCUGCAGAGCAACUCUCCUCCAGGAACUCCACCAUUGUUGGAUGAGUCACUUGUUAGUGCUGAUGCCCUGCAACUCCAGCUGUCAGAUGAGCCUCAGGCUGUCCCUGGGGUUUUGGGGUUAUCAGCCAAGUCUCUCAUUGAUACCAGGACCCAGCAGUCUGAACUGCUGGAUGAGUUCCCAGCUAAAUGCAUGCAUUCACAACUGUCAGACAGACUUCUCACCACGGUGGAGACCCUGCAGUCCGAACCAGAGGAUGAUCCUCCUGCGGCCAGUCAGCUUCAGCCAUUGGACAGAAUCUCUGCUCAGAGUCUGCAGCUUCGAUCUAUGGAAAAGGUUUCCAGCUCUGUGGCACCGCAGGUCCCAGCGCUGGAAAUGGCGCCCAGUCCUGGGAUGAUGUGGCCUCUGCCCAUUGAAAAAGUCCCUGGCUCCCCGGUCUCAAGGAUCCUACCAAGAGAGAAAACUCCUGGAUCGUCUGUGCCACGGACCCCAUCUCCAGAGAAGGCUUCCUUCUCUGGGCUAGUGCAGGUCUCAUCUGUGGAGAAUGCUCCCAGCUCUGGGAUGCCAGGUCCCCUGCUGCUGGAGAAGGCUUCUGCCUCAGGGAUGCCACGGGUGCUGCCUCCAGAGAAGACUUCUGCCUCUCGGUCACCACAUGUCCUGCCCACAGAGAAGGCUCUUGGCUCAGGGGCCUUGCGGAUCCCACUCACACAGAAGGCUCUCGCCCCUGGGGUGCUGCGGCCUGUACCUCCAGAGAAGGCUGCUGACUCCGGGGCCCUGCGGGUCCUGCCUUCAGAGAAGGCUCUUGGCUCUGGAGCAGCUCGGCCUCAGCCCUUGGAGAGGCCUCUCACCCUUACAGCCCCAUGGCCCCAGGCAUCAGAUAAGCUGGCUGCUGCUGUGGCUCCUCGGCCUCAGGCCUUGGACAAGCCUCUGGCUGUGUCAGCUCCAAGGCUGUUGCUGUCAGAGAAGGCGCUGCGGCCUGUCGACCAAAAUGCUCAGCUGAAGGAAAGAGGAGCCUCAGCCGUGGAGUUGAGUCCGCAGCAGAAAGAGAGGACCAUGUUAGCUGGUGAGCAAAUCUCUUGGUCUGCUGGGAAAGCAGUGGCACAUGUCGGACAGGUGUCUUGGCCUACAGAGAAACUACAGACGCACGAGCAAACCCACUGGCCCACGGCAAAAGCCCUGGCGCCUGCAGAGCAGCCUCCUCGGACAGCAGAGAAGCUACCAGAGACGACCCUUCAGCCCAGUUGGGAAGUUGCCUCAGCCCCUGCAGAGCAAACCCCUUGGACAUCAGAGAGAUUGCGUGCAUUCGAGCAGACCCCUCGGCCCGCCAGGGAAGCGCCAGUGCCCCCGGAGCAGAUGCAGUGGCUUGUGACGAACAUUCAGACUAUUGACCAGAUUACCUGGCUGAGUGGGAAAGCACAGACUCCUCGGGGGCAGGACCCUUUGCCUGAACAAAACACAGCGCUGGCCUGUAACCAGGAUUCUGUCUGUCGUGAAUUGGCCGACUCAGAGCCAAAGUGAGGUUGGUGAAUAUGGGAGGCAGGUUUCAGGCUUUUAAUGUUUAGGGAGGGGGAAUCUUUGUUUUGGGUGUUUUGGUUUUAUUUUUCGUUCACUUCCCUGAGCCCAGCCCCUAACCCAUGCACAUCACAUCCAUAUUCUCUUGUAACAUGAGCAAGGACAUUCUCUUAAGCCUAAGUGUGGCUCAGCUGAAGGGAGAGAGCAUUCAUGACCUUUUCAUCUUACUUUUACAAACAGUGAAGCUGAAAUAAAGAGUCCACUCUGGAUAAAAACCUCCAGUUCCAUUGAAAUGGUCACAUUUUACUGAUCCACUGUGUUCGAGCUCCAGCUCCAAUUUGUAGGAGUGUUCCCAGGUACAGCUAGGGGGCUUGCCCUUCGUACUCUAUUUAAAGGAAGCAGAUCAGUCAGGCUGCCCUGUGACUGGAGAUGUUUCAGGGGCCAGGCAGUGAGCAGUCAGGUGUGUGCCCUUGCCAGGCUUUGGUAGAAGCAGGGAAGGGGUUUGUUUGUUGUCUGCCCGGGUCUCUGUCCCUACAGGGUGUUGUUUUGCAAGGUUUGUAUGUUCACUGAGAUGUGCUGUGUGCAUGGUUCACUGAAGUACAGGUAUUGCCUCCAGCCAAGCUGGGAGAGGAGCCCACUCAGCUCACUCAGUGUGGUUUUCUCCAGGAAUAGACUGUAUCCAUUUGAGCUCCUUUGUACAAAGCUACAUUUGACCAGGCCCAAGAAACAGGGAAUCCGAAGGAGUUCAGGGCAAAGAGAUCUUGGAAGAAACCAUCCUGCAGUUUUUUGUUCUCAUGUCUUAAUCUUUUAGCACAGGACACACAGAGUGUUUCCUGCACUUAAAAACAUUGCAACCUAUAAAACAGCAAUAGUAGGGUAGGGCAGGGUGGGUUUCCCCGAGGUGCUGAGCACCACUCUGGCAGAGUGGUGGUGCUCCCUUUCAGAUUUCCAUCCAGUCUAUUCUGUUGUCACCAUGAGCCAGCAGACUGAGCAGUUUUUCUCCCCUUACCUCAAACAUGUUCAGGACAUGUUUUCGUCAUACCUGGUCCUUCUCAGCAGCCAGAUGUGCUGCCAGGCAGUGAGUGAAGCCUGUACUGUUCACUACACAGCAUGGAGGCAAGGUUGCUGUAGCUGUGAGGACCCAUCUCAACACCUUCCUCUUGGGUAGGUUCUGGCCUAACACUUCUGCAGCCAAAGGAGACUUGAAUUAACUGGACUGUGUUGGUGUGCAUGUGUGUGCGUGUCCUUCCAACUGAAUAGUAGUUCUCACACUGGAACACAGUGGGCUCCAGCAGCUGGCUGGCUUUCUUUUUUCCCCUCUUGUCCUUUUUCCAGUUAAGAUGCACCUGGUUUUACCAAGCUAGUGCUGUUUACUCAACCAUUGAGGCAGAAGUUCACUUGGCCAUGGUACUCAUGAGGCAAUCAGUAGAAUCCUAGGGACUCGCACAGUAGCAUUUGCAACCAACAGCACCUUCGUGAGUGACAUGGCUCAGUCUGGGUGGGUUCAUUGUCCUGCCAAGGAAGCACUGUUGACCAGCUCACUCACCCGGUCUCACAGCACAUUACCUCCGUGAUUUGCCUAUUCAGGUGCCACAGCCUCAGAACUCUGCCAACAGACCCUUGCACAGCUCCAGUGUAUCAUUCUUCCAGACAAAUCCUUGGGUCCCUUCCUGGAAUGGGAAUGUGGGGUUUGAAGCUGACCCUUUUCCUCUGUUAUGGGAGGGGCUCCUUGUUCCCACCUGGUUUGCAAGUGCCUGCUGCUGCCAGAACAGGUGGUCCUGAGCUUUGUGGUUUUUGAUGAAGGGAGGCAGACACUUGGACUGAGACAAAUCCUGACCCACUCUCCUUGCCUGAUGCGAGCACCCUGAGACGACACACUGCUGUAAAGGCCAAGUGUGCUGGGCAUGAGGGGACAUUACCAGUGCUAUGGUGCAUCUCUUUUCUAGUCCAAAUCAUUUCAGAUCCUUUGUAGAAUAGCUGUUGACUUCAAAAGCUUUGUGGCUUAUGGAAACUUACUGUUCAGUGUUGUUUUUCCGGGAAGACUGGCAGGUCAGUUUCUGCUUGCUGCUGAAACUGGGGAAAUGCAAGCAGCUUGUGUUUCUGCGGGACUCCUGCACAAAGGGAAUCAGGACAACUCCUCAGAGCCAUUGAGAGAGCAGAUAAUCUAAGGGCAUUCAUAACUUUCUUUUUUUUUUAAGAAAACAAAAUUUAAAUAGUAAUGCUGUUCAGUAUAUUAAGUAUUUAUCUUGUGCAAGAAGGAAAAUAAAUCUUGACUUUACAUUUAUAGGCCUUCCCAUGAGCUGGACUUAGUCACGUAGAUUGUGUAAGUAGGGUUACCUCCAUGCCAGCCACCCAGCCAGCUACAGCUGUAACCAGAAAGGUAUCUGCACUGCUCUGUCCACCUCUGCUUCGCAUUGUCACGUGUUAACUAGUUACUUGUUUCAUGAAAAAUAAACUGUGAAUAUUUUUGGUGCAGGCUUUUUUAAAUCUGUAAAAUGGAGAAGUUCUCAAUGAAUUCUCAUAAGUGCAGGUUUGAAAAAAAAACAGAUCACUUCUCUAAAUCGUGUGCUCGUGUAGUGGGGUGAGGCUCACAGCAAGCAGCAGCAGGCUCUUACCCAAAAGCUUGUUUUGAACAGUGAAUGUGGAUUGAACCGUUGCAUGGCAUUUCAAACCCACAGCCUUAUUCCUUGCAUCUGUCUGUACUCUGCCUAUCUUCUCCCUUCAUGCCUUUUCUAUAAGGAUCCAGGUUUCUGACGUGCUUCCUUCUGGUCACUCUCGGAAAGGUCACUUCAGCAUAGCUGGAAGGCUGCUCAAUAAAAUCAGUGUUUGGAAAAUUCAUUGAAGGAGGAAGCCAGCAAGCUACUCUUCGCUCCUCACCCUCCUUGGUCCCCUGAGCUAUGCUGUCAGAUCAGGAGGGCUUUUUCAGAUGUGUGUGGGGCUUUCAGAGGGAGUAGUGGUGCUUUUAGGAAUUAACAUCUCUGCUGGGUCACCUCAAGACAGGCAAGGCCUCCCCAGGCGUGGAAGUAUAUCCCAGGAGUUGUGUCACCCUGUCUGUCCUCAUGGCAGCAAAACCCUCACAAAAGCGAUUCUGGGCUUCUUCAGCAUUUGAGGCAACUUGCUGUUGGCAGCAGCUGGUAGCACUGCCUGGGAGGAGGAGAGGGGGAUGUCCAUACCAGAGUAACUAGGUUAAUUGGUACCUUCAGAGCUCAGCCAGUUUGAGUCACUGGGGUUUUUGAAGGCAGAGGAAAACAGCAUAUAAUACACAACCCUUGGCAAACCUCUCCUGAAUGCUUCUGCUCUGUCCUCCACAAGCCCUUGUCCUAGGCUCAAACAGCUUUACUGCAGCCUCAUAGUUAAGGCCACAGUGCUUAUUUUCUGCUUCAAAGGAAUCCAGUCACUUGCCCACUAACACUCCUGGGUCAGCUGCGACUGUAACCAGGAUGAAGUGACUUGCGUUCAGUCACUGGUGGGGAGAGCUGCAGGAGCAGAAUUGUAAGUGUAAUCAGUUCUGCUCAGCACUGUGUCUCUUCUAUCAUCCCAGGGGGAUGCGGGAUGCUUAUGGGAACUUUGCCCACUUGUAGGAAUGUCUCUCCUUGUUCUGAAGGGGAUGAAAGAUUUGCUCCCAUACAAUGCUUCACCAAUCAACACACUUGCUGUGAAGAUAGCUUGGCUGCCACUGCUCAGAACAGUGGGCUCUGUCUCACGGUGGAACCAACUUCAGUGGUGGAUUUUUGUGCUGAGCAGAUGUCUCAGUUGACCUUUAGUGAUGGAGAAGCUUUGGUGAGGGACUUGGGUGGACAUGGGCUAGCGUUAGGGUCCCCCUGUCCAGGCAGGGGAGGAAGAACCACUUCAGGGCCUGUGGGAUUGCCCCAUGAGGGAGGUGGGCACAGGCAACUGUCUUGUGUGACUUGUCCCAUCUGUACCAGCUUGCCGUCAGCCAGGACUCUGAUGAAUCUGGCAUAAAAAUGACCACUGUCAGAGCUAUCUCCUACUCUAUAACUUCACUAACUAGUUUGUGGUAGCUUGCUUUAUUGAUGUCCUUGUGAAAAAACUUUCCCUGUUGAAAAACCCACAAGAUCCAGAUUCAAUUCAGUGCAUAAAUUAUUCAGGUGGUGCUGAGGGUACAUCGGUUGCAAUUCAGGGUUAAGCCACCACAGGUUUGGCUUUGAAGGUGUAUCUGUUAAAAUUGACAAGAUGAGAGAUGAAUCUACAGGACAGCAGCGUACUGAGGUGAGACAGUAGGGAUUGAGGGUGCUAGAACAACUCCGUUUCACAGGAGGAAAGAAAGAGUGCAACCCUAACCCUGAUACAUCUCUGCAGUGUUUUGACCUGAGCAUGCUGUGGAUGUGUGCUCCUUCCUGGGCACCACAGCCAGCAUUGUGGUGGGCGAGGGGGAGUUUGAGAAACCUCAGACCUUCAACACUUUAUUUUUAAUUUCAGCCUUCUGAUUCUUGCUUAGUGUUUGGAAUACUUGUAACCUGCUUGUAAUGUGCUUUGCCCUAAAUUACUGAUAAGGCUUUGCCAGCCAGUGUUAAAGUGGCAAACUGUGCAGCUACUCCUGAAAGUACAGAGGGGCCUGCAAGGGCUUGCACCGUGUUUGAUUGCCUGGGUUUUGUCCGUGCUAAUUGAUCAUUUGUGAUAGUGAUGACACUGGUAGCAGCAUUUGCAGCUAAGGCUGUGCUCUUGCAGCAGUAUGGCCACCCCCAUGGCUCCUAGGGCCUGGGAGAUGGGAUGCUGGAGCCUGGGGACUGCUCUUCUGCUUGCUUGGCUUCAACCGCGGUCUCAGCCUGUGGGGUGGCAGUGCUAUCACUUAGCUGAAGGCGGGAAAAGGCAAAAUUUCUGCUUGUGGUCCUCUAAAAAUGACAGAAUCAAAGUCUAGUGCAGGGAGGCGGAGUGCAUGAGCAUAGGCUGGAGAAGUGACAGUGAUGGACAGUCCCUACAGCACUGAAUCUACCUCCUAGGGAAAUCUGAGAAAUGGGUGUUGUGAUGGCCUAUUUCAAGGUGACAUUCUAAUCAGUUUGCCCUUGGCAAAGCACUUGGGCUAUUGUGGUGCUAUUGUAACCUGUUCGGCAGCUCAGCACAGUAGGGCUGAACUCACGGCUCUUAGCCUGCGGGCUGGGGGUUUCUUUGCCAGUUGAAUCCUGUCCCCUGAUAGCUGGGGCUGGGCUUCAGCACGUGUGACAGAAACAAGACAAGGCGUGACUUGGUUCCUUGAAUUUACGAUGGUUUUGAGACUCAAACCAGUGUGCCAGUGGGCCCCGUGAGCACAGGGAGCGAGUGGAGCCACACGAAGCAAAGCAGGCGUCCGCUAACUGCAUGUUCUUUGUGUCCGUUUGGUACUGAGCUGGUUUCAGUUUUUGCCUUUUUUUUUUUUUUUUUUUCCUUUCUUUGCCCUGAUGUUUCCAAGUUGUUGACUUCAAGGAACUGGGUUUUGUGUAUUUUUUUAGACACUGGGAACUUGUUAAAGGAAAAGCAGCAGCACCGGGAGACUAAAGAUGGAGCAUGGCUGGCACUGAGGGCAGCCCCUGCCUGUGUGGAUGGGAGGAGGUGAGGUGCAUUGGAGCAGGCAAGGAGCAGCUUUCCCUGCUAUAGGUAGCAGAUGUCUUCUGGCAGUGGUACUCCUGGCCCUAUUCAGCCGUAGUGCUGAGCUCCGUGCUCUGCCAGCUUGCUCGCCUCCAAGACACCAAACAUGUCACGUACUGCACCUGGCAUUGAAUGUCCCCUGCCACCCUCCACUUGGUGGGGGUCCUGACUGCUGGCCGCUUACUGCCCAGAGAUAUGGUGGGGCCACCCAUGGCAGUGGUUGAAGCUGUGAGCAGGUUUGCUCAGGGAGUGGGGGAAGUCCUUGGUGUGAGCAGCCCCAUGCUGCAUUUGUCUCCCAUUGAGGUCUGCUGUCCGUAGAGUGUGGAGGCAGAGAAGGGGUCCCCUGGAGGGUCUUAAACCCUGGAGGGAAACCUGAUGGAAGUCAAAAGUGCCUGGCUGAGGCAGGGGUCAGCCAGAGCUGCAAGCAGGCACUGGGGUGAGCACAGCAGGGGGCACAUGUGGCUGCUUGGGCCUGGCCAGGGUUCAUCUGUCAGUUCUAAGAGGGAACACCAGAGCAGGUGAGAGAAACGUACAUAUUUCCAGCAUGUAUAUUAUUUUUAGAAGAGGGAGAGGGGGGAGUCUUGGACCAUUGAUUACUUUCAUUUUGCUCCCCUUAGACUGUUGGCUGUGUAUGUGAAACUUAAAAUGAAAAGAGGGUUGCCCUGCCCAGGUGCUCCCAGAACAUGUACUGUAAUUCUUUGUACAUAGAAGAAAAAUUACUGUAAAGUAAAGUUUAACUUUACUCUCGA